CAUAUCCGAUUGUCUACAUGAUAGAGUUCAUUCGAGAGGUCCUUAUGCGGUGGUUCGCAGCCAGGAGGGAAAAAGUGGCUAAGUGUAAAUCUUUAGUGACGCUUGAGGUUGAUGAGCGUUUUCUCCAAGAUUUACCUGAGUUUGAGAAAUUCGCUGAAGAUGUCGAGACCUUGGAGUUAUUAGGUUACAAGCAAGUCUGCCUUCAAACGUUUUCCGAUUCUUUUCAAGGUCCGAUUCUACCUAUCGCGGAUCCAAAGGAUGUUGUCAUUCCACAAAAUAUAUCGGAAAUUAUACUUAUUCCUCCACACAGUAGACGACCACUCGGGAGACCAACCUGCAAAAGGAUACCAUCUAGGGGUGAAAACCGGGGAGAUUGCAAUGAUGGGGAACUGAAGCUUUUCUUGUUGUUGGACAGCCACGACAGAGCUGAUCCUGGUUAUGAGAGAGGUGCUCGGAAAUUUGUACGGGAUGUGGCUGCGGCGUUAGGUGACAUUGACAUGAUAAUAUGUCCCUGCAAAGACUGUCGUAAUGUAGAACGACAGUUAGGCAGUGAUGUGGUAGUUCACCUUGUAACUAAGGGGAUGGAUGAGGCUUACAAGAUGCAAGUUGAUUGGUAUCACCAUGGAGACGUGAACUCAGUGGCUGAAGGUGAAAGCAGCAAUGUAAAUGACUGGAAUGAGGAAAUUUUGGAGUUAUACAAAGCUGCUGAGUUUUUUGAUGAAGAGCUGGCUAGUAAGGCUGGAUUAGGUGAUAUUCCAGAGGCUGAAUUAGCUGAGAUUGCAGAGGGUAUAGGGAAAAGAAGACUUGGUUCGAUGGAAAAGCUGAACAUGGGAGAAAGGAAGAGAAAAAGGAUUGACUGUGUUGAAUCUGUCUCUGAUAGUGAUGGUGUAUCCAGUGAAUCCGAGGAAGAUGAGGAAAUAAAAGUGGAUGAGGAGGAGUUAUCAAGAUGGAAGAAAAGAUCAAUUCUUUUCAAGUUGUCUUAUUGGGAGGAUCUCCCGGUAAGGCAUAAUUUGGAUGUAAUGCAUGUAGAGAGAAAUGUUUGUUAUAGCAUUGUCUCUACAUUGUUGCAUUGUGGAAAUUCUAAGGACGGUCUUCAUGCACGGAGAGAUCUGCAACAUCUUGGUAUACGGAAGGAUCUGCAUCCUAACACACAAGGAAAGAGAACAUAUCUUCCUGCAGCACCAUGGAGUUCAUUAGAGGAGUGUAAGGUAACAGGACUCAAAUCACACGAUUAUCACGUAUUGAUGCAACAACUUCUUCCGGUUGCACUUAAAGGUUUGUUACCAAAAGGUCCAAGGACAGCAAUCUUACGCUUAUGCGCAUUCUACAACCAUUUGUGUCAGAGAGUUAUUGAUAGAGAGGUUAUUUCAGUAAUGGAAGCUGAAAUUGUGGAAACUCUUUGUAUGUUUGAAAGGUUUUUCCCUCCCAGCUUCUUUGAUAUCAUGGUACACUUGACUGUACAUCUAGGAAGGGAAGCUCGCCUUGGAGGACCAGUCCAUUUUAGAUGGAUGUACCCAUUUGAGAGGUACAUGAAAGUUAUGAAAGACUUUGUACAAAAUCCUGCAAGACCAGAAGGUUGUAUUGCUGAGUCAUAUCUCGCACAAGAAUGCAUGCAGUUCUGUAGUGAUUUUCUGAAAAAGACAACAAGUGUAGAAGAAAAACCAGAGAGGAAUUUAGAGUAUGUGAACAACUCUAUACUGGAAGGCCGUCCUAUAUCUGCUGGAUCUUCAUUUACUUUUACUGAAAUGGAGAAGAAUAUUGCCCAUUUAGCUGUCAUUCAAAAUACUGCAGCCUUGGAUCCAUAUGUCGAGUAAGUUCUGUUUGUUUCAUACAUAUACCUUGUCAUUUACACUGUUAAUAUAUCAGACUGAUAUUU